UUUUGCUGCAACGAAAUCUCUUGUCAUUUGUCCCAAUCGUAAGCCCGAAAUGUCACAUUCGACUCGCAAUUAUUACAUAAACACGGCAAUAAGAAAAUACGACGUUUUGUAUCUUGUGGAAAACCAAAAAGCAAGAUGUUUAAAAUUGCAUUGAAUGGUGCGGUGAAUGCACCGCAAGCAGCUAAAUUGCUUGGGAAUUUCAUGCAAAAUGGUGCUGCUGUCACAUCGAUCCAAUGUAGUACAGCGUUCAAAAAUUUUGUGCGCGGUGAGAAAACGAUGCAAGUCGUUGACGAAAAGAAUCCACCACCGAAGCCAGGAUACUCGGUGUUUGGAAACAAGCAGCCAACGAUGGCCGAAUGGGGUGUUGCACGUUUGGAUGAUUUAGUGAACUGGGGACGAAAAGGUUCUGUGUGGCCAUUGACAUUCGGUUUGGCAUGCUGUGCCGUCGAAAUGAUGCACACCGCCGCUCCACGAUACGAUAUGCACAGAUAUGGUGUUGUGUUCCGAGCCUCACCUCGUCAAGCUGAUGUUAUCAUUGUUGCCGGAACGCUCACGAACAAAAUGGCACCAGCUCUCCGAAAGGUCUACGAUCAAAUGCCUGAACCACGCUAUGUCAUUUCAAUGGGCAGUUGCGCAAAUGGUGGUGGAUACUAUCAUUACUCAUACUCAGUUGUACGCGGCUGCGAUCGAAUCGUUCCAGUUGAUAUCUAUGUGCCCGGCUGUCCACCAACUGCUGAGGCUCUUCUGUACGGUAUCCUUCAAUUACAAAAGAAAAUCAAACGUAUGAAGACUAUCCAAAUGUGGUACCGUAAAUAAACAAUCGAUGUCGUUUUGAUUUUAUGAUGUAAAAAAUAAUAAAUUUAAAUAUUAUGCUAAAAAAAAAACAAAUGAUGCGCAGAAAUUGAUUAUAUUUUUUCAAGCUAUAUAUCGUAUUAUCUUCCGAAUUGUUCGACGCAAUAAAUCAAUUUGAAAUGCAUAGACGAUGAAAGUUAAUGCAAACAUAAGCACGAA